CCCCUCUCAGCCCUCACACAGACAUACGCACACAAACAAACACACCAUUCUCCAGCAUGCCCGACGACGACGUGAACCUCUACGACGAGAUCGAGAUCGAAGACUGCACCUACGACGCGACACUGCAAAUCUACCACCACCCGUGUCCGUGCGGCGACCGGUUCGAGAUCAGCAUCUACGACAUGCGCGACGGCGAGGACAUUGCGCGCUGUCCAAGCUGCUCGCUCAUGAUUCGCAUCAUAUUCGAUCACAGCGAUCUGCCGCAGGACGAGGAUCAUGGUGCGAGCGAGAAGGUGGCUGUUGCUGCAUAGGGAAUUGUGGGAGUGCGUGGAGUGCGUGGACAUUCGGUGCGUGGAGACUCGGUGGGCGUUGCAUUGCCGGCGUUGG